AUGGGUGUAGAUUUUCAUCUGCAAUCCAAACAGCUCCAUUCUGAAGACUUUGCCAGAUAUAAUGAGACAGAGCAAUUGCGACCAAGAUAUGUCAAAUUUGACCCUGUAGCACUACAACGCGUGGCAGCCAACGCAGUUGGUAGAGAUCGGUGCCUUCUGAUCACGAAGCUUGCUGAAGGUGGCUUUAACAAGAUCUUCCUUCUAGCGACAGACGAUGGCCGUGAGGAUAUCGCCCGCAUUCCAAUCCCGAUUGCUGGUUCGCCUCAUUAUACGACUGCCAGGGAAGUAGCUACGAUCAAUUUUCUGCGCAAUGUCUUCGGACUCCCCGUUCCCCGUAUCUUGGCUUAUUCAACUUCAUCGAAUAACUCUGUCGGUGCGGAAUACAUCAUCAUGGAACGGGUACAAGGCGAAAGUCUUGCCUCGAGAUGGCUUUCCCUUACAACCGAUGAAGUGAAGCACGUUAUGACAUAA